CUGUGAUACUUUCCCGUCCUCCUGUGAUACCUGUGAUACUUUCCUGUCCUCCUGUGAUACUUUCCUGUCCUCCUGUGAUACCUGUGAUACUUUCCUGUCCUCCUGUGAUACCUGUGAUACUUUCCUGUCCUCCUGUGAUACUUUCCUGUCCUCCUGUGAUACUUUCCAGUCCUUCUGUGAUACUUUCCUGUCCUUCUGUGAUACCUGUGAUUCUUUCCUGUCCUUCUGUGAUACUUUCCUGUCCUUCUGCAACUCCAAAACACUCACCUGUGUCUUCCUUUCUCCUUUUCUAUUACACACAGGUCCUGUGUGUCUUCCCCCCCUCCUCCCCUCUUUAAUCUCUUAAAUCUCCCACCUAUCUACCUGUCUGCUCCUUAUCUCAACAGCUGGGCUUUGCCCUUUUCCCACCCCAUUUCCACCCCACUUUAUCCCCUUCCCCUGGUCUCCCACACCACAACUUGGCUCCGUUCCUCCUCGGUUUAGACUCGUGCCUACCCCCAGAUCCAUUUGCCGGCCUCCGUCCUUUUCUCUCGGUCUCCGGGAUCUAGUUUCGGUACCCACGAGAAGCCGUCAUGUCUGUGGCAGGUCUAAAGAAGCAGUUCUACAAAGCCAGCCAGCUGGUCAGCGAGAAGGUCGGCGGGGCCGAGGGAACGAAGCUAGAUGAAGACUUCAAAGAAAUGGAGAAGAAAGUGGACCUCACCAGCAAGGCUGUCACAGAAGUGUUGGCGAGGACAACGGAAUACCUCCAGCCGAAUCCUGCAUCCCGGGCCAAGCUGACGAUGCUGAACACGGUGUCCAAGAUCCGAGGGCAGGUGAAGAACCCGGGAUACCCGCAGUCGGAAGGCCUCCUCGGCGAGUCCAUGAUCCGCUAUGGCAAGGAGCUAGGCGACGACUCCAACUUUGGCGACGCUCUGCUGGACGCUGGCGAGUCGAUGAAGCGCUUGGCCGAAGUCAAGGACUCCCUGGACAUCGAAGUCAAGCAGAACUUCAUCGAUCCCCUUCAGAACUUGUGUGACAAGGACCUGAAAGAGAUCCAGCACCACCUAAGGAAACUGGAAGGCCGGCGCUUGGACUUUGACUACAAAAAGAAACGCCAGGGGAAAAUCCCGGACGAGGAGCUCCGUCAAGCCUUGGAGAAGUUCGAAGAGUCGAAGGAAGUCGCAGAGACGAGUAUGCACAACCUCCUUGAGACGGACAUUGAACAGGUCAGCCAACUGUCGGCCCUGGUGGACGCACAGCUGGAUUAUCACCGGCAAGCAGUGCAGAUCCUGGAUGAGCUUGCAGAUAAACUGAAGCGCAGAGUGAGGGAGGCGUCCUCGCGGCCCAAGCGGGAAUACAAACCGAAGCCCAGAGAGACCUACGAAUUUGGAGAGAGCGACCAGUCCAACGGAGGCUUUUCCUGCAACCCCGCCCCCAAAGUCUCAGCUUCCUCCUCUUUCCGAUCCGAAAAACCAUCCCGGACCCCGAGCAGGAAUUUUUCUCACCUGGACCAGCCCUGCUGCAAGGCCCUGUACGACUUCGAGCCGGAGAAUGACGGUGAGCUAGGCUUCAAGGAGGGCGACAUCAUCACGCUGACCAAUCAGAUCGACGAGAACUGGUACGAGGGCAUGAUCAACGGCCAGUCGGGCUUCUUCCCCCUCAACUACGUGGAAGUCUUGGUCCCGCUACCUCAGUGAAACGGGCCGCUCUCCCGGCUUCCCGCCUCCUCUCCUCCGCAGCACCUUGCCACCCGUACACACUAGCGGGCGUGCCCCGAGAGGGAGCGAAACAGACGUCGGGGACCGGGGCGGCUGGAGGGUGCUCUUCUUUCCUUACAUUCCGCGCGGUACACCCGACACUAAUUCCCCGUCCGGCGAGUGGGAACCUUCCCGGGGAAAGCAGGCGAUGGAAUCACGGAUUGGGGGGGGGGGAUGGGGGAGGAACCAAGCCACUGGGAGGGGGUGGCUGGGCAGCAAAGCACAAAGCGAGGUUCAUACUGACACCCCCGCUCCCGUUUCCCCUAUCUCCUCUUGUGGCGCUUGAUCUUUUUGAGCCGAGCGGUGGGCCCGUGUUUGAACGUUCGUGUGCUUCUCGUUCUUGGAUUGUGGACGAGCUCUCCUCCGCUCCGUCGCGUUGCUCUGCGUUUCUGUUCUUUCUCCUCGUCGAGCUCACCACCCGGAGUGUUUAUAGGGGGUGGGGGUCGGGGGCUCACAGCUGCGAUUGUCCGGGGUCUUUCCCCCCCAUCCAUGUGAGGUGUAUGCGGGUGUGUGGUGGAGGCACAAAACGGCCCCGUAACUAAGGCUCCGGCCCUUUCCGUGGGGACGGCUUGUAUUUAAACACUACGAAAGGGCUCGUCUCGCUUUGCUCAGGCCUGAAAUGGAAGCACUUCUGACCCCCUCGAAGUUAAGCCAUCUUGGGCGUCUCUCCUUUGCACCCCGCACACACACACACACACCCUUUUUAUGUUGUGAUUACUGGUUCUUCUCGUGACUUUGCUCGUUGGGAAAUCCUAAACGUACCUGUGCGGCAACGUUAGGUGCGAGAAGAUGCAGACUUUAAGGCACACGCGUACGCCCCCUUUAAGUUUCCCUGAAACGAACGCUGAGGCCGUGACCGUCCCCCUCCCCCAAUAUUACGCCGCACAUGCUCCCCCAAAAUCUGCCUUGAGCCGUCGCACCUGCAUCUUCGCCGCUGCUCCUGUUUGGGCCGCCGUCGUUCACGUAGCACACUAUGCGUGUGGUCCAGCAGUAGGGUCCCAUGAUUGGGCUGACCCGCUUUUUAAAGGAUAGGAGGGCCCACAUCGGCACCGGCGCUGAGAAAAACUGGGUCAGUGCCCUCCCCGUGCCGCCACGCUGAACUGGUUUCACCCUAGAUAUUUUGUGCGGCGGCAGCGGCGGCUUCUUCCCACACCGGAAACGUUUGCGGGGCCUUCUUCAGGAAGGCCCCAGAAGUGCUUUCCUCCGUCCCUUCUCUACGUGCCUUUCAAAGCCCAGGGUCCAGUUCGAAAAUCCCUCCUUGUCCCAUCCCCACAUGCACGCUGCCACCGCCGUAUUCAUAUUUGACGUCCACCACCCCCUCCUGGUCCUCCGCCUUCAGAGCUGCCGUUCCGUUAAUUUCUGCCGGGAUGUCAACACUACAAGUGGGAAUGGGCUUUGCCCGCCGCGGCUCCCACCAAUGUUAAUUCAGGGGUCGGACUUAACUGGGAACCAGCAAAUCCCAUUCUGGAGCGGCGGGCGCCCACACAGACCCCCGUCAUUACGGCAAGGCUGACCCAGCGGACCUCCCCAGAAAUCCCCACAUUAAGAACCGAUCGCCGCACACAUUCACACAACGAGGCAGCAAAAUUGUAAGCAGUAAG